GUUAGAUUAGAGAGCAGAGAGAGAGAGAGGAAACAAGAGGAAGACGAGCAGUUCAGCGGCUACAUAUCUGUGAGAGGGAGAGAGAGGAUUGAAGAGGACUGACUGAGCUGAGAACAGAGAGCGAAGCGGCGGACUAGGAGGAGCAGAUGCGGUGAAAGAGAUGCGAGGCGAGUCAACUCUAUAGGAUUUAUGACUCAGUCUGAGACUGCAGUGAAAGGUGAAGAUGUCGACACAAGGCUGCUGAAGAAAAGGGCAGCGGUUUCAUCACACUCACAACUAAAACCAGUUUGAUUUUACAGGUUUUCUUUGAGGAAACUGGAAUUUUGACCCCACACACACACACACACACACACUGGACUGUGCUGCCGUCACUCCGCUCUGCAAACUUCAACACGCUGAAGGAAUAUUUCUGAACCUGAUGGUUUAUACUUCGUCAAUUCCUAACCACAAUGACCACGUACUCUUCAGCCUCUUCUGUCACAUCAACUCUUUCGGCAGCCGCUUCGUUUAACUCCUCCCUUUCGAACUCGACUUCAUUCCUCUCCACUCCCAUGGUAUCGUUUUUGUCGGCCACUUCUCCUCCUCCUUGGUCCUCUGCGGUCUCCGGACGUCAUGUGAAUUGUUCCCUGGAUAACACCGCCCUCCAUGUGCCACUAGCCAUCUUCUACUGCUUUUUCUUCAUCUUCGGGUGUGUGGGGAACCUGUUUGCUCUGUGGGUUUUUCUUUUCUUACAUUCGAAGCACAACUCGGUGCGGGUGCUCCUCAUCAACUGUGCUUUUGCUGAUCUGGUCCUCCUGGCGUGUCUGCCCUUCAGGGUGUAUUAUCACGUCCAUGGGAAGUGGACGCUCGGGUCUGUGGCUUGCAAGGUGGUGGGGAAUUUGUUUUACAUGAACAUGUAUAUCAGUAUUUUGCUGCUGGGUCUCAUCAGUCUGGACAGACACUUGAGGCUGAAGGGGAAAGGCAGAGCGCGCCGAGGCUUAAGGCUGAGGCUGUGUGGCCACAGUAAAGCCUGCACCUGGGUGGGAUGUGCAGCUAUUUGGGGCCUGUCGUUCAUGGCCCUGGUGCCCAUGAUCGUCACGGCAGAAGACAAAGAGGACAACGACCAGUGCUUCCAGUACAAGCACCGGAUCGUAGCCCAGGGGAAAGCGUACUUCAACGCAGUGCUGGUGGUGCUGUUCUGGCUCGUCUUCGUCGUGCUCAUCAUGUCCUACGCUAAGAUCGCGUGCCAGCUGCUGAAGGCGUCCCGGGACAAGCCAGACCUUCCCAACGCGCACCGAUACGAGCGAACCGCUAAGAAGUCCUUCUUUGUCCUCUUUCUGUUCACCAUCUGCUUCGGACCCUACCACACCUUUCGCCCCAUCUACAUCUACACCCAGCUCACCGAGACGGUGUCGUGCGAGUUCCGGCACGUGGUGGACCACACCAAUGAGGUGAUGCUGUUAUUCUCCGCGUUCAACAGCUGUUUGGACCCUGUCAUGUACUUCCUGUUAUCUGGAUCUGUGCGCAAAACUGCCGUCAGAGCGCUAGGACACACGUUCGCCCACAGGUUUCCCUUCUUCAACGAAGCGACGUCCAACAGCUCCACGACUGAGUACAGGCGUCCGUCCGUGCCUUUCCCUGACAGCGCCCUGAACACUCCCUCCGUCACCCCCAGGACCAGCGUGUGCAUCAUGAACUCCAACCUGCGCCGCAUUUCUACACCUAACGGCAAAAAGUGAUCACACUUUUUUUUGUCUGACUCAAGUCAGCAUGAACACUGGAACAAAUAUGCGUUUUUUCGUGUGGACUGGUUGGAUAGUUUUCUGUAAAAAUGAUCAAAGUACUACUAUCUUUUUUUUUUUUUACUUUUCUUAUGUACAUUGUGAAACAAUGAAAAUGUUUUUAUAAAUGAUGAUGUCAAAGAAAUAAAUAUGUAUUUUUAUCAUAAAUAUGAGUCAUUUUGUUAAGUUUGUUGUUGCAAAAAUCCAUUUGUAUCAUCUAUAAAACGAUAUUAUUAAGGAGGAAAAAGAUGCAAAUCUAAAUGCAGAACUGAGCACCAUCUUUCACAGUCCUAAAAAUAAUGUGCACUUAUAAAUAAACAGCUCAAGUUUGUGUUAUAUUGUUGAUUUGGGUGAAAAAACUGUCCUGACUGUAUUAACAGGCAGCAAUCAGGGACUCAAAGUGAGAUAAAACUCGGCUGUUGGACGUGUGGAUCAAAGCGCUGGUUUAGGACGAGUCCAUCUGCUCGUGUCAGUCACCGGUGCUAAACGGCUAAUCUUGUUGGAAUCACCGUUUGAUGCUAAUCUGGCCAUAGGUCGCGUGAUGCGGCUACAUGAAUCGUGCCGCUUCGCAAACUGCUUCGAGGGGGUUUUGUCUGAGGAUACGUUUGAUCAAACAGCCACAAGGAAACUACAACUUAAUCAAAAGAGCAAAUGUUGAUGGAAGAGGCAUCUCGCACGUAGUGUAAUGCGUCUGACCUUUAUCUCCCCACAUACAGGGAAAGUAACCUUCUCAAAGUGCAGCGCAGUCACUCGAGAGUAUGUGGUAUCAGCAAAUGUAUUAUCCCCAUUAUGAAAAGGUUUUAACAUUUCUAGUACUGUGCUGCCAGACAAGUGACGCGUUUGACUGCUUCUGUGGUU